AAAUUUUUCCUCGUCCUGAACAAAGCAGUCGGCGGCAUACACAAUUUUAGCCUUAUUUCGGGUUGCUUCUGCUUUUGCUGUCUCCGUUUCUGCUGUGCGUGUGCCUGUGCCUGUGCCUGGGACUGCCUUUCGUGUUGCAAAAUAUUCCAACUGUCGUUUGUUCAAUACUGCUGCUAACCAAGUAGGCAACAAUAUGGUGAACGUAACCAUGUACGAUGAGGCGCCCAAGCUCAAGCCCAAUCAAGUACCACAAGACAUGGCAGCCGCAGCUGAUACCCAACUGGAGCACAUGUGCCGCCUGCAGUUCGACUCGCCCAUUCCCCAUGUGCGUCUGUCCGGCAUCGUGUGCACCAUCGGCCCGGCCUCGAGCAGCGUCGAGAUGUUGGAGAAGAUGAUGGCCACCGGCAUGAACAUUGCCCGCAUGAACUUCUCGCACGGCUCCCACGAGUAUCACGCCCAGACGGUGGCCAAUGUCCGCCAGGCGGUGAAGAACUACUCGGCCAAGCUCGGCUACGAGCAUCCCGUGGCCAUUGCGCUGGACACCAAGGGACCCGAGAUCCGUACUGGUCUCAUUGGUGGCAGCGGCACCGCCGAGAUCGAGCUGAAGAAGGGCGAGACGAUCAAGCUGUCCACCAACAAGGACUUCCUGGAGAAGGGCUCCCUGGAGGUGGUCUAUGUGGACUACGAGAACAUCGUGAAGGUUGUCAAGCCCGGCAACCACAUCUUCGUCGAUGACGGCCUCAUCUCUUUGGUGGUGCGCGAGGUGACCAAGGAUACGGUCGUCUGCGAGGUGGAGAACGGCGGCGCUCUGGGCUCCCGCAAGGGUGUGAAUCUGCCCGGCGUGCCGGUGGAUUUGCCCGCCGUGUCGGAGAAGGACAAGUCCGAUCUGCAGUUUGGUGUGGAGCAGGAUGUCGACAUGGUCUUUGCCUCGUUCAUCCGCAAUGCCGCCGCUCUUGCUGAGAUCCGCAAGGUGCUCGGCGAGAAGGGAAAGAACAUCAAGAUCAUCUCGAAGAUCGAGAACCAGCAGGGCAUGCACAAUCUGGAUGAGAUUAUCGAGGCCGGAGACGGCAUCAUGGUGGCCCGUGGAGAUUUGGGCAUUGAGAUCCCAGCCGAGAAGGUGUUCCUGGCCCAAAAGGCCAUGAUUGCCCGCUGCAACAAGGCCGGCAAGCCCGUGAUCUGCGCCACCCAGAUGCUGGAGUCCAUGGUGAAGAAGCCCCGCCCCACUCGCGCUGAAAUCUCUGAUGUGGCCAAUGCUGUGCUCGAUGGCGCCGACUGCGUCAUGUUGUCCGGCGAGACAGCCAAGGGAGAGUACCCCCUGGAGUGUGUCCUGACCAUGGCCAAGACCUGCAAGGAGGCCGAAGCUGCUCUCUGGCAUGCGAAUCUGUUUGCCGAUCUGGUGAAAGGCGUAGCCGUCUUGGAUGCUGCUCAUGCUACGGCCAUAGCUGCCGUUGAGGCCGCCACCAAGGCUAAGGCUGCCGCCAUUGUGGUGAUCACCACCAGCGGAAAGUCUGCCUUCCAAGUGAGCAAGUACCGCCCACGCUGCCCCAUCAUUGCCGUUACCCGUAAUCCCCAGACGGCCCGACAGUCCCACCUCUACCGUGGCCUGGUGCCCCUCAUCUACAAGGAGCCAGCACAGAACGACUGGCUGAAGGAUGUGGACCAGCGCGUCCAGUUCGGUGUACAGGUGGGCAAGAAGAACGGCUUCAUCAAGACCGGUGACGCGGUCGUCGUUGUCACAGGCUGGAAGCAGGGCUCCGGCUUCACCAACACCAUUCGCAUUGUUGCCGUUGAAUAAAUCUUGUCGCUGAGGAAGUACCUAGAUGCGUCGCAGUAGCAGUAGCAGCAGCAGCAGCAGCAGCAGUAGCAGGCGUCGCAUUGAUUAAUGUUAAUAACCAAGUUAAUUUAUUAAUUGCGUAUAUUGGAAUAUCGAAAACAGGAAAGGAAAGGAGGAUAAGAACCGCAGUCAAUGCGCCGCCGCAGGCCGCCGACACACAAAUUUAAUUUAUCACUGUUGAAUAAUAUAGAGUGUUCUUCAAAAGGAAUAAUAAAUUUUAAUCAUGUAUGUA